GGGGCGGGCCGGGGCGGGCCGGGGGCGGGCCGUGCCGAGCCGUGCCGAGCCGAUCCGGGCCGUGCCGUGCCGGUGGUGCCGGGCUGUGCGGCGAGGUGCACAUGGGGACGCUCCGCAUCGUGCUGCAGGGCCCCGGGCCCUGGGGUUUCCGCCUGGUGGGCGGCCGGGACUUCGAGCAGCCCCUCACCAUCUCUCGGGUGACUCCAGGUAGCAAAGCUGCAACAGCCAACCUGUGUAUAGGCGACCAGAUCAUAGCCAUUGAUGGAGUGAACACAGAUAACAUGACGCACCUCGAGGCACAGAACAAAAUCAAGGGCUGUGCAGAUGAGCUAACCCUGACAGUCAGCAGAACGGAAUCAAAAGUCUGGUCACCGCUUGUAAACGAAGAGGGGAAGACGCAUCCUUAUAAGAUGAAUCUGGCCUCCCAGCCCCAGGAAAUAAGGCACAUAGGAAGCGCACACAACCGGAGCGCGGUCCCCUUCACUGCUGCCACGGCUUCUGCCCCCAAAGUGAUCACUGCUCAGUACAACAGCCCGGCGGGCCUCUACUCCUCAGAAAACAUCCAGACCUUCAACAGUGCCGUGGAGUCAAAGACAUCACUCGGGGCCCCUGAGCCUAGCAAGCCCUUAGAUCAGCACAACCAGCCCCCGGGCAGCAUUGUCAUAGACAGAGAAUCUGAGGUUUACAAGAUGCUCCAAGAGAACCAAGAGUCGCAUGAGCCACCCAGGCAAUCAGCUUCCUUCCUGGUGCUGCAAGAGAUUUUGGAGUCAGAAGAGAAAGGAGACCCCACCAAACCAUCUGGAUUUAGGAGCGUCAAGGCCCCCACCACAAAGGUGGCCUCAUCGAUUGGGAAUGCCCAGAAGCUGCCCAUGUGCGACAAGUGUGGAUCUGGCAUUGUAGGCGUGUUUGUGAAGAUCCGGGACAAGCAGCGUCACCCCGAGUGCUACGUGUGCAGCGACUGUGGCACCAACCUCAAGCAGAAAGGACACUUCUUCGUGGAAGACCAAAUCUACUGCGAGAAGCAUGCGCGGGAGCGGGUGGUCCCCCCGGAGGGCUACGAGGUGGUCACUGUCUUCCCAAAGUAACUGCGCUGCUGCGGGGCCGGCGUGGAUGGUUUCUCCUCUGCUGCUCUUCCUUGGAAAGUGUCGCCCUUGCCCUCUUGCCGAAUCUUGUUUGCCAUAAGGAAUGCUAGGCAUGGCUUUGAAUUUCCUUGCCACAUUAAUCCUCCCGUCUGUUCACGCGAGGUGUCACUAAUCGUUCAACAUUCUUUUCAUCUUCUCUUUCACAUUUUUUUUUUUAAUACACAGAUUAUUUUUUUCCCUCCUCCUUUGUGCUGCCAAUUGCACAGGAAAAUCGGAGGCCGAAGUCAGAUCACAGCCCCACCAUGUCCCAGUUAUUUGCCUUCUGUUUGCAUUCAAUAAACGGGGUGACUCCA